GGGGCAGUUCGGCCCGGCCCGGGCCAGGGCAGUCCCGCCGUGUCCCGCCGGCCCUAGGGAGCCGCUGCCGUCCUGUGUUGGCCGAGGGUGUUUUGGAGCCUUAGCGAAGCCCGUGCGGCCGCUCUCCCUUGAAAGCCGCAGAAAAUGGGUUUCCUGGGCAGGCUAGCGGCGCUGCCAAAACUUAGUGGGGCGGCCGCAGGUCGGGGCGGUGGUGCCUGGCGGCGGCCGAGCCGGCCCUGCACGGAGGUCCCGCUCCUGGCCCGGGCCGCCUCUGCCCCCCGCCCGCCGCUCGCCGGCCGCGCCGCUUCUUCCCGGGCGCUGGGCAAGUACGAGGAAGUUUUUCGGUCCUGCCUGGCGGAGCCCGAGAAGGUCUGGGGAGAAGUCGCCGAGCAGAUCCAGUGGUACAAGCCCUGGGUCCGGACCCUGGAGAGGGGCAGCCUGGGGAGCGCCUCAUGGUUUGUAGGUGGAGAGCUGAAUAUCUGUUACAAUGCUGUAGAUCGUCAUGUUGAGAAUGGACAAGGAGACCAAAUUGCCAUAAUUUAUGACAGUCCUGUAACAAAUACCAAAGAGAAAAUAACAUAUAAGGAACUUCUGGAACAGAGUGAUUGUGCUUGGAUGUUUCAGGGCUACAACAUCAAUCUGAAGAGCAAUGUCUCCAAGUUAGCUGAUGUCAUGAUCAAACAUGGUGUGAAGAAAGGCGAUCGUGUGGUCAUCUACAUGCCCAUGAUUCCACAGACAGUGUAUUGUAUGCUGGCUUGUGCAAGAAUAGGAGCCACCCAUAGCCUGAUUUUUGGUGGAUUUGCAUCUAAAGAGCUUUCAGUUCGCAUUGAUCAUGCAAAGCCCAAACUUAUUGUAACAGCAAGUUUUGGAGUAGAACCGAAAAGGAAAGUGGAAUACGUAUCUCUCCUGGAAGGAGCACUGGCAAGGGUACAGAGCAAACCUGAUAAAGUUCUCAUUUACCGCCGACCUAAUUUGGGCCAUGUUCCUCUUACCAAAGGUCGUGAUCUUGACUGGGAAGAAGAGCUUGCAAAAGCACAGUGUUCAAAAUGUGUCUCAGUUCCCUCAGACCAUCCACUUUAUAUUCUGUAUACAUCUGGUACAACAGGUUUGCCCAAGGGUGUUGUGAGACCAACAGGUGGCUAUGCAGUUAUGCUAAACUGGACCAUGUCAGCUGUAUAUGGCCUCAAACCUGGUGAGGUGUGGUGGGCAGCUUCUGAUUUAGGCUGGGUCGUUGGCCAUUCCUACAUUUGCUAUGGACCUCUCCUUCAUGGUAAUACUACAGUUUUGUAUGAGGGGAAGCCUGUGGGAACGCCAGAUGCUGGUGCCUAUUUCCGCGUGCUAGCAGAGCAUGAAGUAGCUGCCUUUUUUACUUCACCAACUGCAAUUAGAGCAAUCCGUCAGCAGGACCCUGAGGCAGCCUUGGGAAAGCAGUACUCUCUAAAAAGGUUCAGAACGAUGUUUGUAGCUGGUGAGCACUGUGAUGUGGACACUCUAGAAUGGUCAAAAAGAGUCUUCAAGGUACCUGUCUUGGACCACUGGUGGCAAACUGAAUCUGGUUCUGCAAUUACUGCUUCCUGCAUUGGUUUGGGAAACUCUACAACACCUCCACUCGGACAGGCAGGAAAACCAGUGCCAGGAUAUAAUGUCAUGAUUCUAGAUGAAAAUAAGAAGCCAGUGAAGGCAAAGACUUUGGGAAAUAUUGUGGUAAAGUUGCCUUUGCCUCCUGGAGCAUUCUCAGGUCUUUGGGAAAAUCAAGAAACUUUCGAGAAGUUGUAUUUCCAAAAAUUUCCAGGAUAUUAUGAUACUAUGGAUGCUGGUUAUAUGGAUGAAGAUGGCUAUCUAUAUAUCCUGUCUCGAGCUGAUGAUGUGAUCAAUGUUGCUGGACACAGAAUUUCAGCAGGUGCGAUUGAAGAGUGUAUUCUCUUCCAUCCUGCUGUUGCAGACUGUGCUGUUGUGGGCCAGGAGGAUCCUUUAAAAGGACAUGUUCCAUUUGCACUGUGUGUACUGAGACAAGGUAUUAAGACACAAGAGGGUAAGAUUUUGGAAGAGAUUGUUGAACGAGUUCGGACCAACAUUGGUCCAGUAGCGGCUUUCCAGAAGGGGAUGUUUGUGACACAGCUACCUAAAACACGCUCUGGCAAAAUUCCACGUUCUGCUCUUUCUGCACUUGUCAGUGGAAAGCCAUACAAGAUAACACCAACCAUUGAAGAUGCUAGUGUGUUUAAACACAUUGAAGAACUGCUAAAGAAAAAUUAAAUGGGGCAAUACAUAAUAACAAGCAUUUCAGUUAUUCAAGUAUACAAAGAAGCUUUUUUUUUGUUAAGAAUACCACAUUUUAAAAACAAGUGAUGAUUUGGGACUAAAUAUUUUUACGGCAGUAACAUUACUGUGUUCGUUACCGUCUUGCUGCAGCCACUGACACAUAUUAAAGUCUCUGCAUGCUGUCAAUAUAUGCUGGUUAUUAAGAUGGCUAAGAAUUGCAAAUAGAAUUCAUACAUUUCUGUAGUCUUAAAGAGAAGGAGUCAUUGGAUUAUCCAUCUUAUAUGGUGUCAUGUAAGCUUACAUUUCAGUCUGUUAUUUUAUAAUGUGACCAGUAACUUGAGUUUAGCUAAAGCAGCUUACAAAAGGUAAGUCAUGAACAGAGGACAGCAAAAACUAGGAAUUCAAUUGUGAAAAUUGUUGCCGACAUAAAUUGUUCUUGUAAAUUAUAAGUAUUUGUCUUUCAGAUUUUUCUAAAAUUAAAAAUUUCAAGAUUAGUUCUCUUGAUUCCAGUUUCUUUUUUUUCCUAAAUCUUUCUGCUAUAAGUCAGAUUCCUGUAAUUUUUUUUUUUUACUCAAUAACUUUCUGAAGAGUCUUUUUUGUAAAAUGAUAAAUAAUUUCUGGCUUUCAAAUCUCUGAAAAUCUUGAUUUGUCCACAGUAAUAUUCAGAAAAACCCAUGUAUGUUAAAUAAAGACAGGCAUUUACCCUUUGCA